CAGAGAGAGGGAGAGAGGGAGUGUGUGAGAAGGAGAGAGAGAAAGAUUUACAUAUAGGUAGAGGCAGCUGCAGAGACGACAAGGCGAAGGAAAAGAGAGGGAGAGAGACGCGAAGGGCUGAAGCGAAAGAAGAAGGAGAGAGAGAGGUGGAUAGAAGGAGGGAGAGAGAGAGCGGGCUGCAUUGUGUGUUUUGGGAAGAGGGAGAAGAAGGCUGUCUUAGCUGCAGUGUAGAAAAGAGAGAGAGCGAAAGAGAGAGAGAGCCUGACCUGAAGCUUGACUGGAUUUUCCCUCGGCAAGCGGCCGAACGUGGGCAGAGGACUGGAGGGCACCCCGCAACCACUACUACAUCUUCUGCCAGCCUGCCUGCCUGUCUGUGUGUGUGAGUGAGUGUGUGUGUAAGUGAGUAAGUGAGUGUGUGUGUGUGUGUGUGUGUGUGUGAGAGUGUGUGUGUGUGUGUGUGUGUGUAUGUGUGUGUGCCGCCCUCAUAGGGGCAGGUGUGUCGAAGCGACUGGCAGGCGCGUGUGCGUGUGCCAGAACGCAAGCAUGUGUGUGUGUGCAUGAGUGUGACUGUGUGAGUGUGUGUGCGGCCCUGCGUGUGUGCGUAUGUGUGUGUCUUUCUCGUCGUGGCGGUUGGUGAAGCAUUGCCCGGUAUAUGGAUAGGAGCUCACUGUUUCAGCUCAUUCAGGAGCAGCUGGACCCUGAGCAGACUGGUUUCAUCGCGGUGGAGAACUUCACCAGUCUGGCCGAGCAGCAUGAGCUGCAGCUGGACCCCUCAAAGCUGGACAUGCUGCUGGCCCUCGUCCAGAGUGACCAGCGUGGCCACGUCUGCUACCAGGAGCUCAUUGAGCUGCUAAGCAGCAAGCGCUCCAGCAGUUUCCGUCGUGCCAUUGCGAAUGGGCGUCGCACACUGCAGCGAGAGAUCUUAUUGGACGAGACGGGCCUGGGCGUGUACAAGCGUUUUGUGCGUUACGUGGCGUACGAGAUUUUGCCCUGCGAGACGGACAGACGCUGGUACUUCCAUCAGAGCAGGCUCUGCCCUCCACCAGUCUUUAUGGCCAUCAUCACCAUUGUGCAGAUCGUGGUGUUUAUGUGUUAUGGAGUGAGGCUGAAUAAAUGGGUUCUGCAGACCUAUCAGCCGGACUUCAUGAAGAGCCCGCUGGUCUAUCACCCAGGUCAUCGAGCCCAAGUCUGGAGAUUCUUCAGCUACAUGUUUAUGCAUGUUGGGUUAGAGCAGCUGGGCUUUAACGCACUUCUCCAGUUGAUGAUUGGGGUUCCUCUGGAGAUGGUACAUGGAAUCCUGAGAAUCAGCCUACUGUACAUGGCAGGAGUCGUGGCAGGGUCUCUGACGGUGUCGAUCACGGAUAUGCGAGCUCCGGUGGUCGGGGGUUCUGGAGGAGUUUAUGCCCUCUGCUCUGCACAUCUCGCCAACGUUGUUAUGAACUGGGCCGGGAUGAAGUGUCCGUAUAAACUGCUGCGGAUGAUCCUCGCACUCGUCUGCAUGAGUUCUGAGGUGGGUCGGGCAGUGUGGCUUCGCUUCUCACCACCGUUGCCGUCGUCCGGGCCACAGCCAAGCUUCAUGGCCCACCUAUCGGGGGCUGUGGUGGGCAUCAGCAUGGGCCUGCUGAUCCUGCGCAGCUACGAGGAGUCCCUCCACAAGCAGUGCUCCUGAUCAUCGUUCUGUGCUUGCGGCUUCUGGAAGCUGGUCUCCUCAAACCGAGUGGUGAUCAUGUGAAAUGUGCACUGGAAGAAAGCAGCGCAUAAAACAGCAAAGACACACACACAAACACACAACCUUCAAAUGAACUGCAGUGAAUGCUGGUGCAUACCAUACAUCUGGGCAUUUUUCCAAAAUGACUUUCUUACCAUAUGGCUAUGUUCCAGUUAUUCAUAUAAACUGCCUUAAGCCCUCUCCCUCAUUUCUUCACAAAAUAUUCCUAUUGUACUGUAUGUUGUAGUGGCUGGCCAAGGUGAAGUGCAGCAGUGGAACAGUGUCUAGUUAAACAAAACCUGCAAUAUACUGUAGAGUGACAUUAAAAAUGUUGGAUAUCUAUUUAAUGGACUUUUUACUUUUGUGUUGAGGAUACAGGAAAUGUUAUUUUAAGAUAACUUCCAUGGAGAUAUUCCAUGAAAUUCCACUCUGCUAAAUCUUUUCAGCAAUGUUGUGAGCAGUUCUCCCAGUUCUCUUUUCUUACAGACCUCCACUGUUUCUGUUAACUGCCAUUUCUUAAAUUAUAAACUGAGGAAAGUCUAACUGAAUGCACUUUCCAUCUUCUUACAGUCAUUUCCAGCUUUUUAAGCAUCAGUAAUUUUUUUGUGAGCAGCGUGCUAGGCAGCUGUUUAGAGGAGUUCUGCUUCUUGUUGGGAUAAGAUGAGAGAUGUCCUAAGAACCUUAUUACAGUCAGGGACCAUGGGGUACCCAAACAUACUCAUGGUGUCCCUUCCUUUUCUCCACUAGGAGCAACAUUUUGCAUGCCAGAGUAUUUAUGCUCAUAAUGCACUUGAUACACGAUUGGCUAGUUAGAAGGGAAUAUUUUCAGUUCUGUUUCUGUUUAGAUUUAGUAUAAAGCUUUACAUGUACAGUACUGUACAGAUGUUUUAGGCACCUAAGCACAUUAUUUAAGACCAUUUAUCUCAGCAAUAAGAGAGGUUUUGUUUGUAAAAUCUCCGGAUCACAUAAAUACAAUUAAACGAAAUAAGAAUUUCUCAUUUUCAUUUUCUCAAGAAAGUAGUUGAGAUCUUGUGAGCUAGUUUGAAGAAAAAAGGUUGGUUCCAGCUUAUGAAUUUGUUCAGUUCCAUUAGCAGCUCACCUGAUUUAACAUCAAUAACUGAUUUCUUAAACCAGGUGUUGAUAUGAUAACUAUAAAUAAUGCUGGACUCUCAAGUGGAGAGGUCUGAAUAUAUUUUAAUAAACAUAGUAACCUAAAUCCACUAUUUUUUAUAUUAUAUAAUAUUUUUUAUGUUCAUUCCAAUAUUAUGAAUAUGAUUUUUUUACACCCGAAAAAAUAAGCUUUUUCUUUCUAAUUUUCAUAGAUGCCUUAAACCUCUGCACAGUACUGUAUAUGUAUUAGCUGUAGCUAAUGUGUUUGGAGUUUUUGGGCAGACCACUUACUGGUGGUCAGGGUAUCCAUCCCCAGUCUGCCAUAGUGAAGGUAGUGUUGUUAUCCUUUAUGCUACAGCACCAUUACCAACUUGUGGAACCCCUCAUUUUAAGCUUCUAGGCUCAGGUUCCCCAGACAGAGAUUAGGCCUAGUCUUGGACUACACAGCAUUUUGAAUAUAAAUUUCAUAUUUAAAGAAACAAAAAUUGUCUUUACCUACGCUGUAAUCUUGCACUUUAUCUGCCACUAUAUAUACAUUAGAUUAAUAGAGUUGCUAGGGUACCAGGAAGGUUUAAAAUAUGUCAAAAGUAUAGAAUGUGAGUGUGUAUACCCCAGCACUGGAAUUCUUUUAAAAUAGAUGAAACAUGUCGGAUUAUCCAUGAAUGAAAUGCUCCAGUUAGAUUCUAUUGCUGUUGGAUCAAAUCAGCAUAUCUUAAAAAGUUGAAAUAAGGAAGAAGUAUAUAGUAAAUACAAUUAUUACAUUUAAAUCCACAUAAUUUGAGGAUUUUGAUUAUUCCUUGUAAAAACAAAACAAAACUGGUAAUGCUAAAAUUUUGUGCUGACAUCAUUAACAAGUUGCUCAGUGUUCACUGCAGUUAAUUAUUGGAUAAAAGGAAAUUAUUGUUUUUGCGUAUAUACACACAUAUACAUUACAUUACAUUACAUUACAUUACAUUUGGCAGACGCUUUUGUCCAAAGCGACUUACAAUAGUCAAGUACAAUGUAAAAUAAGUUUAAAGGUAAAACAUCUUUGGAUAGGGAUAAAAGGAGGUCAAAGGGGAAUAAUAGGAUAGAGGAGUGAAGGAGGGGAAGAAGGAAAUGAGGUUAGAAGUAGUUAGUGUGUUACAGGUGUUAGGAGAGUAAGUGCUCUUUGAAGAGCUCUGUCUUCAGGAGCGAGUGCAGGUAGGAAGGAGCCUGUUCUGUCAUCACCUUGUAGGCGAUUGUAAGAGCUUUGAAUUUGAUGCGAGCAUCAACUGGUAGCCAAUGGAGCUCAAUGAGCAGUGUGUGUGUGUGUGUUUGUGUGUUCUCUGAGGGCAGUUAGAGGAGGAAAAUAAAGAUCCUGAAUCUUUAUCACAGUGGGAGAGGCACAGAAAGAAGAAAAGAAAAUCCUAUAUGAGGAAGGGGGUGACUGGGAUUAGGAGACAAAGAGAAGAAACGCAACAUGAAUUUUAACCAUGCUUUAUACAAACUAGUGUAGCUUGUCAGACUGUUACAUGGGAUGUAUGAGUGUGUUUUGGAGUGUGUGACUGCUUUUUAAAGGAAAGUAUCAGUAAAAAAUUAAACCCAUGUAUUCACCAUGCCAAACAAUCUAGUAUAAAACCAGCUGGUCAUUCAAGAAAAACAAACCCUAUACGCCUUAUUUACUUACGUCACCAUCGCUCUAUGAAAAUGAGGCUGUGGGGUACGGAAUUAGCAUGGUACCGCCGGGUACUAGCAAUGCCGCCUCACUGCUGCGUCCCUAAAUGCACUUCUUCAAAAAGAAAAAAUCUUAUAAAGGCCAGACCUUCCAUAGUUUCCCUAAAGAUCCCGUACUUCACUGUGAAUAGAUUCACAAAAUCAGUAGAGCUCCUCAUUUCAAGUUUCAAUGUAUGUUACUGUGCUAGCUAGCUAAGGCUAGCCAUAUUAUUAUAUUACCCAGCCAGCCAAUUUAGCCAGAUAAACAUUAGCAGAGAGACAGCAAGCUAGCUAUACCUGGUUCUCCAGCCAUGAUUGAAAUAACCCUGAACUUGGUGAUUUCGCGGUUUAACGUCAGAACUAGUGGGGGGUAAUGUUAGUCAAGCCGUAGCUCUUUAGAAUAGCCCGCUAGCUAGCUAGCUAGUAAAUAUCCUACCGUAUUUACCCUGGUCUUACAAGAGUGUACACUUGCCUGCUUAGCUGGACUGUGUUUGGCAUUUAAUGGUCGUGUUCACAUUAACUCUAUGACUGAUUUGAUAUUACAGAUUAAUGUGGACACAAAAGUAAGUUCAGAACACUUUACUAAAAGAAUGUUUCUUUAAGACACUGGUUGUGAUGUGAAAGUAAGAAGGAUGCUGUGCCCACGUUAUUUGCCUGGACAGAUAAUUCAGUUUAGCCUAUAGUUAGUGAAGACUGUAGUUAAACGAACUACUGGGUAUUUCUCUACAAUCACUAAGUUAGUCAGUAACUAGUUAACUAACAAGCUAGCUAACAACAAUACAGUAAACAAAGGCAAUUAUCUAACCUAGCUACCUUCCACAUCCUUCACAUAACCCUCAGUACAGUUACUGUAGACUUUUAGUAAAACAGCUUGGGGAAUCUUGCAAUUAUUUCUGCCAAUUUUCUGAACUCUUUCACCGUUAAGUCAGGGAGGUGUGUUAGGUUAGUUGUCUUUCUGGUUUAGGAGUGUAACCUUCAGCCUCACUUUUAUUUUAACAUGAGCCCAGAGUGAAUGAGGUGCAUUCUGGUUAAAAGACAGUUAACAAGUUAGCCUCCAGUAUAGACUGUGUUUUUCUGGAUGACCAGCAGGUCUUGAACUGAAUUUUUUAGCAGGGAAGUGACUUAAGAAAUGUGUUUCUUCUGUAAUUCUGUUAUUCGCUGGAGCUACGAGGCUAGCCAAUGUAGUAAACAAGCAAUAGAAACUUGUGCUAGCUGCGUGGCAACAAAUUAAUGUAAAAAAAAAAAAAAAGAAAACAGCAUUUUAUGCAGUCUCAGGACCCACAUUAAAUUUCAUAUUUGAUAUUUUUUAACUCUAAAGUGUGGUACAAGUUAAGGGUGGGGACUCAUGAGGUAACCCAUCAGCUUCCUAGCCUGCAAGCUAAUGCUAGCUAAAUUAGCUUUGUAGCUUAAAUGCAAAACUAAUGAUGAAAAACUCAGACCCCCGAAAAUAUCCCUGAUAGCAAAGUACUUUGAAUAAACUUUAAUUUAGAUUUUUUUGGUUGCAUCAUGUCUUUUAAGGUUGAUGAUGGAAAACAACCAUAAAACAUCCUUUAUUAUUAACCCCCCUCUAUGGCAUACUGUUAUCUUUAAUAUAAUGUUACAUGGCAUUUUUACGUCCAAAACAAUGAGGCGUACAAGUGGGUCAUAAAUAAAAAUAUGUAUAUGUGCAAGAAUAUUUAAAAAUGAUGUUUGGCUGUUUAUAUUCUUAUUAUAUUCUUACAUUUUUGUUGUAAACAUACUAAAACAGUGUUUUUAGAUCUGUUGCUUUGGGCAGUUGUUUGAUUAAUCACGAUAAAACAAUGGUCCUGGAGAACUCCUACCAAUCUAAAACACCUGCUUCAAUUCAUCAGCUCAUUAUCAAAAUUCUAAAUCUAAAUGAAAGUUUGCUAUACCCACAGAAACUCACAGGAAAUCUUCCAAAACAUUAAACCAAUGCUCAUUUAAGGGUUUUAAUUAUUGGUCUCUGAAUCUACAUUCACUAUUCUUUUAGGUAAAAUGUACUUCCCACAAAUAAUUAUAUUAAUAUUAAUAAUUAUUAUGUAAAUGUCCCUUUCUUAACUGCAAGACUAAAAUACAAACAAGAUUUACAUAUUUGAUGUAGGUAAUGUAAAGUAAAUUUAAUAUGAAUCAUACAUGUAAAACCAUAACAUUGAAUCAAUGUUAAAUAAAUGUACAAUUAAUGUGCACAAAUAAAUCAAUUCUGACGUCAGAGAUUUGAUUCAAGUGCAUGAGGAGGUCAAUGUUGAAUACAUGAGAUUUUUUGCUGAACUAGAUUUUAAGGAGUGGUGUGUGCAAGUGUCUGUACCAGGGGUGGAAAAUAUAUGAAGUGUACUUUAUUACUGUACAGUCGUAUUAUUUUGGAAUAUUUGUAUUUUACACAAGUAUUACUAAAAUUUAACACAUGCUUUUACUGAAUUACAUUUAUCUAAUUCAUAUCAGUGUAAAGGAAACUGCACACAAAUUGUGUGAAGUUGUCUUUGUGCAAAGACCAGUACCACUGAUUAGUCCACCAUACACUUAAAUUCAAAGAACCUUUGAUUUUCUGCUAAAAAAAAAACAUUUACAUGUAACUUUUAUAGGCUACUGUUAAUCACAGUAUGUAUGCAGAUGUUUGUCCACCCUGUCUAAUUUACACAUUUUGUUGAUUUUUCAAGUACAAAGACAGAAAAUAAGCACUGCAACAAUCUGUAAGGAUUAUUAUAUAAAUGUGCAGUCAUUUCAUACUGAAUAACUUUUACAGUUUAAGUAAUUGUGGCAUGUGCCAAGACUCCUCAGAACACAUUAAGUAUUAAGUGAGUUAAUAGGGCAGGUUAGGCAAGGUACACUGUAUACAUAAGAAAAACCUAAUAGUUUGGUUUUGCUUUUUACUUUUUUGUUUUUACUUCAAAAAUCAAUGAAACAUGACUUGGCCAGGAGUGCCCAAUCUUUUGCCAUUUUUUGUUUUGUAUAUUUCCACUUUAAUUGUGUUCCAUUUUGACUUAAGUACACUGUUAUUUAGUUUUUACACCACUGGUGUGCGAACAGAGGUUGUGUAUGAAUGUGUGUGUGUGUGUGUGUGUGUGUCUCAUGAAAGUAGCAUCAGCCUCCCAUAGCAGUCACUUUCUGCUCCUGGGACUAAACCACUGGGCCUUGAUUCAGUUUCCCUGGAACUGCAAUAUGUUACCUGGACCUGCAUUCAGAAGUGCAGGAGAAUCAGAUCACGGCCAAUAACUGCCCUUUCUCCUCACAGCUGUGACCGGACCUCCCGCCUCACAGCGACACCCAAAAGCCAGCAGCUCUGCAGUCGCCAGUUCCGACAUGCAUGUUGCUAUAAGGUCAUCACUGUGCUCCGCUGGGAUCAUCUCCAUGCUGCAGCCAUAAAUCAUAGUCCUCGUGAGUUUGUAGUUCGCUCACAGACUUUAAAAUGGUGCCAAAAAACGAGAGGUGUGACUCGUUUCAGAAAAAAAAAAAAAUGCUGUUUACAACCUAAGCUUUGGGGGGGAAAUGUAUGGCUAGGUUAUUUUUUUUU